UAGUCAACGCGGAAGUGCCUGAAACCUGUAUUCUCUCAAAUGACCAGCAGAGGGCGACUUGACAGGAGUCAGUUUCUAUAUAAAUCUAUGAGAAAAGGACUCUACUUCUCACUCGACAUAAACGUGAGUAAACAUUUUCCUGAGGAGUUUAUGGUGACAAUCUCAAUUUCCAUGUCUUCUUUAUGACAACAUGAUGUUCAUUUUCUCUCAUUAUGUCUUAUUUAGAGGGUUAGGGCACCGUAUGCAUUAGUACAUGAAUACUGUGCAAUUGACGGCUAGAACCAUCCAGUGUGUGCAGGUCACGUGUAGGAGGAAUGUUUUUGUGAAGGCCUGCCCGUGGCCCUAAUCAAGAAGAAUAGUUAACUGACUAAUAAUAAUAAUUAAGCUAUAACUAAAAUGACCUGGCUGCUGUCUGACAAGUUACCUUCACAUCAUGAUCUCUCACGUGGACGGCGUGCCAUCAAAGAUAAGAUAAGAUGAACCUUUAUUGAUCCCCGUAUCUGAAGUAAAUAUCAUAUAAAAUAGAAAUACUAUGCCAUAACAAUAACAAUAUUACAUACAGUAAUGUGCAAUAUCAAAUAGAAUUUAAAAUAAAUAAAAGUUAGUUGGAUGUGCAGUUGGGAUUUGGACUGUAGAUAGCAGUCGUGUUUAGUUGUCACUAAUGUUUGAUGAGCUCUGCAAGUGUUGGAAAAGACAAAGGAAAAAACAUAAUUUGCAAAACACGGGUCUUGUUGAUGAGGUCUCAAUCACUAUAUUUUAUUUCUUUUCACCCUUUAGAAAAUAUAUCGCUAUGAAGGUGAUGUUGGUGUAUGGCGUUUUAAAAUCCUGUUGCUUGUGAGUCUCUUUAUAACUUGGUGCACCUGCACCUCUCGAGGUCUCUGCACGGCCCUGAUCUUCUUGAUAAUAUCAGCCUGUGUUUAUAUUAAAACAUCUGUAAAAACCAUUCCCUCUUCAUGUGUCACUGCUUUGCAGACUUUAAUUUAAAUUUAAAGAUUUAGAAAGUGGUUGUGCGUCAGCCCAACAAUAAUUCACAGUGGCAGUGUAGUCAGUAGCAACAGUGAAACACAUUGAGGACGAGGGGUUCAAAUGAUAAUCUCAUACUAAGGCGUGUUACUCGGAUACAUUUCGGCAAUCCAACGUCCAAUUUCAGAUUACCUUAAAAUCAUAGCGCUAAUGGUUAUUAUAUGAUAUUAUUAAAAGAGGGUUCAUCCAAUCGGAGACGCGUACGUUUCUGGGUUAAAAAACGUGAUGUCCCUUUAAGAGGAAGGGGGAAGACGAGAAGCAAGAGGGCUCCACUUCCUCGUAGUCCUCACAACCAAAACAGUAUUCGUGCGCAAUGGGCGAGUCCGCGUCCUCGGGUGGACAUUUUCUGAUCUGACGCGUGGCGCACAUCGUCGGGACGCGCCUCUUCGCGCACCAUGCUGCAGCUCAACGACGCCGUGGAGCCGGAGAGUCCGGGCGCCGCCGUCCUCCACCCGGCGGAGGCGGAGGACGGGGUCGAGGUUGCCUUCACGCCGCCGGAGGCCGGACGCAGCUUCGGCCGCGGAGCCUCCGUGGCCUGCUGCCCGCCGCUGCAGACGCUGACGCCCUUUCACGUGCACAACCCCACGGUGCAGGCGAAAGUGAAGGACUACUUCGUGUUUAGGCCAGGUACCAUCGAGCAGGCAGUGAGCGACAUCAGGACCGUGGCACUCCCUUCUGAGGAUGGAGAGGUGCUCAGCGUGUGGCUGCUGGCAGAAGUUGACCACUGGAACAACGACAAGGAGAGACUUGUGCUCAUAACCGACAGGUCACUGCUGGUGUGCAAGUACGACUUCAUCAACCUGUUGUGUCAGCAGGUCAUCAGGAUCUCCCUCAACGCUGUAGACACUAUCUCAGUGGGAGAAUUUGAGUUUCCACCCAAAUCCAUGAGCAAGAGAGAAGGUUAUGGGAUUCGCGUACAGUGGGACAAACGUCCUCGGGCCUCAUUCUUUAACCGCUGGAACCCCUGGUCCACAGACAUGCCCUACGCCACCUUCACAGAGCACCCCAUGGCCCAUGCUGACGAGACGGUUGCCUCUCUGUGCCAGUUGGACAACUUCAGGACCCAACUGGUGCAAGCAGUGAAGAAAGCCCAUAAGGAGCAUCCCAUCCCUGGGCGGGCUAACGGUGUCCUGAUCCUGGAGAGACCCCUGCUCAUUGAGACCUAUCUAGGCAUUGUGUCCUUCAUCAACAACGAGGCCAAGUUGGGCUACUCCAUGACCCGUGGCAAGAUUGGCUUCUAAAAGCCACGUUUUCUCUUAAGUACAACAAAGUUUAUUCCAUGUGUCUAUGUUACACUGCACUCUCUGAGAGAAACCGUCGCUCCACUACAGUGUAACGCGCAACCAAUCAGUGUGUGUGUGUUGAGCCCAUGAGAUUUCCACACCUCCUUAAGUUGGUGUCACAGACAAGAGGUCAGCCUAAAUGAUGCACAGCACUGCAUGGACUGUCUACCCAUUUGUUGUUACUGGUCCCAGUUCCUUUCUAUCAAAGAGCUGCUUGCACAUCUGCCAUAACCGUGUGGAUCCUCAGGAACGAAAUCCAUGUGACUAGAUAAAGAGAAAGGACACGGCAUUUGCAUAAAUGUAUCACUUUGGUUCUUAUUCUAGAUUGAGCUUCAUGUAGUCCCAUGAGUAGCAACAUCAGGGAUGAAGUUUGCCUUUAUUUAAAAAAAGAAAACAGCCACACUACCGUAACAUAUGUUCCAUAUUUGCCACAUUAAUGUGGUGUUGUGAAGGAUUGUAUUAUUCUGAUCAUAAGGCUAUAGUGUGGCUUCUCGGAAUGGAAUAGCAGCUAAUUGAUUGAGUUUAAUGGUCUUGUCACAUGAUUAUUGUAAUAAACAUUACUAAUAUGGAAACUGUUACAGGAUCUGCACUGCUACACCGAAAAGCUCUGGGCUCAGCAGUGUUACUUGUGGAAAGAUAUGAGCUGAGGUACAAUUUUCAGUAUUAAUGAAACAUGUUCAGUGGAAAUGGUGAAUCACAUGUUGUGACCUUCCCCUCUUAAUGUGUUUAACAGUGUUUUGCUCUCCAUGCUUACAUUUGCCUAAAUUAUGUCUUUGCUAAGAGUAGCGAGUUGCUGUACCACUUGGAGAGCUGCAUUAGCCAUUAUAGCUAAAAUGGUCUUGUAAGUUACAAAUGUUUUAUGCAACACGAAUGUGUAAACCACGGCUUUGUUGUUUGUAAGUUGCAUUCAACAAGCUUCUCUUAUGUUCUUAAUACAUCUGCUUUCAGCUGCACUUAACUCUGCAGCGAGAAUAAUGGAUAGGUUACAAAAUGAAAUACAUGCAAAUUGAGCUUUCUAUCAGUUUACUACCCACUGUAUGUAUCUUGUGAUUUUUUCUUUGAGCCGCACCCUAUAGUACAUUCCUACCAAAGGAAACAGACCAUAAUUUCAUGCUUAACAAUUAAUACUUGUGCGAAAAAUGCCUUUUCUGGUCCUAACUUGUGCAUGUUUCUUGCACGUUGAGUUUGCAUGACUGAUGUUUUUUAAAGGAAUAUCCAUAACAAAUGUGUAAAUAAUAAUAAGGUUUUAUUUAUCUGCAGUUACUUUGAUGCAGUUAACAUAUUAACGAAUCCUGAAAAUGCAUAUUUCCUUAUUAUUUAUUAUCAACAUUUUAUUAUGGGAUUAAUUUAUCGUUACAAACAUGUGGAGUGUUACAGUUUGUCCAUUUCGUUGCACAGUAGCCACAAUGGAUAAUAAUAAAUACCCACGUUAUUGACAGGUUCUCAUCUAUAUUUGUUAUAGGAUCGCAUUUACGUGUUUAUUCUGCCGAGGAAAGGGAUUUUGUUCUUUGUGCGUUUCUGAAGUGGGCCAGCAAACCAACAGGCGACUCCUUGAAGUCAAGUAAUACGGUCCUAAUAUAUUUAGUCCUGCCUGUUCAUUUGUUUUCAGGAUUCUUGCUGGCAUUUCAGUUUGGUCAGUUGGCAACAACAAAUAAAUGAUACCAGUAAUGAUGGAGUAUUUGCAGAUUUAAAAUAUUGCAACUCAUGUCAUAAAGAACUGCUUUCAAAUUAUGCAUUGAUAAAAUGUGUUGUGUCUUUGUUCCAGCGAGGAGAUUAAACACCAUCAAAACACCA